CGCAGGCAACUAUACCCUAUCUUAUAUCUUCCCAGUUUUCUCAGUAUGAAAGAUCUGUAAUCUCUAAAGCAAUGAAGAACUACCAUGACAACACAUGUAUCAGAUUCCAACCGCGUAUAUCAGAGACUGCUUAUAUUCACAUUGUAAAGGGUACAGGAUGCAGUAGUUCUAUUGGUAGAACCGGUUCUGCACAAGCUGUCUCCCUGGGUAAUGGGUGUGUCUACACAGGAAUUGUUAUGCAUGAGCUUAUGCACGCCACUGGAUUCUGGCAUGAACAGAGCCGAGCAGACAGAGAUAACCACAUCAGGAUCAACUGGAGUAACAUCAUUAAAGGGAUGGAAUUCAACUUCUUGCGUUACAACUUAAACAAGAUUGAUCAUCUUGGUGCUGAUUAUGAUACCUGCUCUAUUAUGCACUAUGGAGAAUAUGCCUUUAGCAAGGCCCGAGACCCAACCAUUGUACCCUUAAAGCAGGGUAAAUGUCAACUAGGACAAAAAGAAGGAUUUUCAGACACAGACAUCAGGAAGCUCAACACUUUUUACCAGUGCUCUGGCUACCCACAAGUUGAUAACUCUGUGACUAAACCUGAACCAACAACUACUGUGAAACCUUGGGUCAAACCUAAGUGUGAAGAUCAAAACCAGUACUGUACCAUGUGGGCCAAGGCUGGUGAGUGUAAACAGAAUCCCAGGUGGAUGUUGGUGUACUGUCCAUUUGCUUGCAAUCAGUGCAAGGUAUCAAUGUAAAUAUAUAUAUUUUUCUUGAUUGUAUCUAAAAUAAAAUGUCGAAUUG